AUGGAUUGGGAUCGCAGGAGAUUCGAUGACCGGCGAGGCGGGGAAAGUUAUCGCCCUGCUGACCGACCGGGUCGAUCACCAUCACGAGGAUACGAUGCUAGAGAUAAUCGAAACAGGCGUUCACCACCUCGAAAUCGAUCUCGCCUAUGCGCCGACACAUGGGUGCCAUCUAGCCGAGGCUAUGGACGCCCAAGGAGCCGCUCUCCUCCUGACUACCGGCGUCGUUCCAGGACGCCUCCCUUCCAGGGCAGAGGCUAUGGGCCUGCACCAUAUACGAGACGACGUUCCCCCCCUAGACGUUUCUCACCACGAAGAGACGACCGACCUAGGUCUCCUCCACCUUCAUGGCGAUCGAAGUCUCCGCAUAGUGAGGGUCGAUCACGCGAUGUAUCCCGUGGCCGCGGUAGCCCAGGGCGCAACCGGGAUGUAUCGCCUGGAAGCCAGGACAUACGUUCAGUUCGAAGAGACAACGCUGCAGCGCUCCCUCUGGAUGAGAAAUCAAGCCAGGCUCAUUCAUCAAAAAUUCAACCCAACCUUCCUCCCAUUCGCCCCUCCAGCCCCUCUCAGAACCUACCCCGACGAGAGCCAGCGGUGGAUAUGAAUAGGAGUCUGCCAUACUCAAGAUCGAGACAAUUAUCCCCUUCGCGUACCUCCCGACCUGAAUCGAGCUCGACAUCACGACGCUCCUCACCAGCAGUGGGCCCAGAGCGCGGUGGUCAAACCCCUCUCAAGAACCGGAGUCGAUCACCCUCACAUUUCUCACCUGCCCAUCGGUUCUCUGCACCAUCAGGCAACGUUACCCAUCAAGAUCGCGGAUCCACACACGAUUCUGAGAGUAACGAUUCGGCUAGAAUAUAUGGAAAUACGGAUCGUCAGGAAUCCGAUUCUACAGAGCCUAUUCAACGCCGCUUUGGCGCCAAUCCCCCAACCCAACCAAGAAAUCUAGGUAUCCGCCAGUCACCCCCCUCGGGAUCGUCUCAGGGGCCCAGGAAAAUUCCAUCACAACCUCGUGGUCCUCAGAAUUACCCUUUUCUGUCUGCGCCGACUCGUCCUCGUCGUGGCCCUAGUUCUCGAGACGGACCUUGGCCCAGUGGCACUAUGUCACGUCGUGGGCCACCCACAACGCCAUCGCAAACUCCCCCUUCAGGCCCUCGAGCUUCUUUCAGUUCUGGAUUUCCUGGGGGGUCAAACUUCCGGCAUCCAGGGUCCCGGCAAAAUAGUACUGUGCCCGCAUCGCCGUCUUUACCUACACCCAAAGCCCCAAAUCACCUAGCAGGACUAUGUACCGUGAUUCCUGGUGGUAAGCUUCUACCAUCAGUCCUGGAUGGAGUGUCUGAAAAGCGUCUUUCUCAACUCGAAGCCGACCAGGAGAGGUUAGUGGAGCAGAUGGCGGAAAUUCAACGUUCCAAACGAGCAGUACUACGUGACUGGGAUCGCCUGGACCAUGAAAGCUCCAUCUGUGCCCUGAAAAGCGAACUGGCUGAGGGUCAUCUCCAGCGUAUGGCUGAUGAGACUAUUGGAGGUGGGAUUCCAUUCUAA